AUGGCAAGCGUUGAUGCUCUCCUCAAGGAUGUCAACAUCCAAGGAAAACUCAAUGAGAAGACCAAGACCAUCUUGAGCAAGGAAGCCACCGCUUUCCUUGCACUCUUGCACCGAACCUUUAACCCUACUCGCAAAGCGCUUCUCAAACGCCGCGAAGCCCGGCAAGCGGAGUUGGACAAGGGAGCCUUGCCCGACUUUUUGCCCGAGACGAAACACAUCCGUGAAGAUGCGGGUUGGAAGGGAGCUCCUCCGGCCCCUGGACUUGUGGAUCGCCGAGUCGAAAUUACCGGUCCUACUGACCGCAAAAUGGUCGUCAAUGCGCUGAAUUCCAAUGUUUGGACUUAUAUGGCUGAUUUCGAAGACUCCAGCGCACCGACUUGGGAUAAUAUGAUUAACGGACAAGUCAACCUCUAUGAUGCAAUCCGUAAACAAAUCGACUUUAAGCAAGGCGAGAAGGACUACAAGUUGCGAACCGACCGCACGCUACCAACCUUGAUCGUACGUCCUCGUGGAUGGCACCUCGAGGAGAAGCAUUUCACCGUGGGUGGUGAACCCAUAUCGGGUAGUUUGUUUGACUUUGGUCUCUACUUCUUCCACAAUGCUCGCGAACUUAUCAAGCGGGGCACUGGACCCUACUUUUACUUGCCAAAGAUGGAAUCUCAUUUAGAAGCACGUCUUUGGAAUGACGUGUUUAAUGUUGCGCAAGAUUACAUUGCCAUGCCUCGGGGAACCAUCCGGGGCACGGUUCUGAUUGAGACCAUUCUGGCGGCAUUUGAGAUGGACGAGAUUAUUUACGAACUCCGUGACCAUUCGUCUGGUCUCAACUGCGGUCGAUGGGACUACAUCUUCAGUGUGAUCAAGAAAUUCCGGCAGAACCCCAAUUUUGUGUUACCUGACAGGUCCGCGGUAACGAUGACGGUGCCUUUCAUGGAUGCUUACGUCAAGCUGCUCAUCAAGACCUGUCACCGACGAAGCGUGCAUGCCAUGGGUGGCAUGGCUGCUCAGAUUCCCAUCAAGGACAACAAGGAGGCCAACGAUGCGGCCAUGAAGAACGUUUAUGCUGACAAGCUCCGGGAGGCGACUGCUGGCCACGACGGCACCUGGGUUGCGCACCCUGCUCUCGCCAGUAUUGCGAUCGAAGUGUUCAACAAGCACAUGCCCACACCCAAUCAGAUGUUCGUCCGCCGUGAGGAGGUCAAUAUCACUCAGAAAGACCUUUUGAAUAUGAAUUUCCCUGGAAAGAUUACCGAAGAGGGCAUUCGAAAGAAUCUGAACAUUGGUCUUGGUUAUAUGGAGGGCUGGUUGCGUGGCGUUGGCUGUGUUCCUAUCAACUACCUCAUGGAAGACGCUGCUACCGCAGAAGUCAGCCGCAGUCAGCUGUGGCAAUGGUGCCGUCAUGGCAUUACCACCGCUGACGGCAAGAAGGUUGACAAGGCUUAUGCUCAGAAGCUUUUGAAGGAACAAGCCGAUGAGCUUGCCUCUAAAGCCCCCAAGGGCCAUAAAUUCUACGAAGCGGCGCACUUUUUCUCUGGACAAGUUACUGGCGAAGAUUACGCCGAGUUCUUGACCACGCUUCUCUACGACGAAAUCACUACGGUAGGACGCACCACAGCUAAACUGUGA